AUGGCCAGUAACAAAGGCAAAAAAGGCGAAAACAGCGGUAACAAAAAACAAAUUACCAAUGAAGUUGUUACCCGCGAGUAUACUGUCAACCUUCAUAAACGAUUACAUGGCGUUGCAUUCAAAAAACGUGCGCCACGCGCAGUAAAAGAAUUGAAAAAAUUCGCCGAAAAAAUGAUGAAAACAUCCGAUGUUCGUAUCGAUUCGAAAUUGAACAAGGAAAUUUGGUCACAAGGAAUCAAUCAUGUCCCAUAUCGUGUUCGAGUGCGUUUAGCUCGUCAACGUAAUGAAGAUGAGGAUUCACCAAACAAACUCUAUACAUUGGUUACAUUUGUUCGAGUACCUUCGUUCAAAGGAUUACUCACGGCUAAUGUAGACAAUGAAUAA